CUUGGUCCUCAGGGUGCACAAACGUGUGUGGAGUCACCGAAGAAGGCUUUCAAGUGCGGACAAAAAAACAGAACCGAUGAGGACAAGCACCUGCGGGUUUAGAGUUUGUUCUGGGGAAGAAUGACGAACACGUAUAGGGAGUCUGACAGGCUAUGCUUAGAAAAUGAGGAGUUUGUGGAUAUUUUGGAAGAGAGGAGGCACAGCAGUGACCUUGGCCAUGCCUUCAGGACCUUUAGCCCCCACCCUUACAAAGGAGCACCACCCUGCUCCGCUGGUGAGCUCAGCAAAACAGUGUUGGACUCCCAGCAUCUGCGCUACGUAACCAAGGAGAUCGCCACGGAGACAGGUGCAUCAGUGGACGAAGUAAAAGAUGAUGCUCGGGUGAUUUUGGAGGAAAUGUCGCAGAACCUGCAGCUGGGUUUUAUCAGGCUGAUGGGAUAUACUCUCACCAAGGUGUUCAAGAGGCUUUUCACCAGCAUUUAUGUCAACAUGGAAGGACUCAGUAUGCUCCAACAAGCCGUUCAGGACAGCCCUGUCAUCCUGAUGCCCAAUCACAGGAGCUAUGUGGACUUCCUGAUUAUCUCCUAUGUCCUGUUCACAUAUGACAUCCCUAUACCUGUUAUUGCUGCAGGAAUUCCUCUUGCAGGGAUGAAGAUUGUAGGAGAGAUACUGCGUCGUUCUGGAGCUUUCUUUAUCCGACGUGCUAUUGGCUCCGAUAAACUUUACUGGGCGGUUCUGUCAGAAUAUGUCAGAACCAUUGUUAGGAUGGGAUUUGCCCCUCUGGAGUUUUAUGUGGAAGGUUUGCGGAGUCGGACGUUAAAGUCUCUGACACCUAAACUGGGUAUGAUGCACAUGGUGUUAGAGCCCUACUUUAAAGGCGAAGUAUACGACAUCACUCUGGUGCCCAUAAGCAUCAGCUACGACCGAGUACUGGAGGAGUCGCUGCUCGCCCAUGAGUUACUGGGCGUUCCCAAGCCAAAAGAAAGCACCACGGGUUUACUGAAGGCUAGCAGAGUGCUGCAAGAAAAUUAUGGCAGCAUGCACGUGAACUUUGGACGUCCGGUGUCAGUCAGGCAGCUGUGUCAGGGCAAGAUAAACCGCUGCCAAUACAACCUCAUACCAAGGGACCUGCCUCAGGGCCCCAGUGCAGAGGUCCAGGCCUGUGUGAGCUGGAUCGCCCACCUGGUGGUCCGACUGCAGGAGCAGGGCUCCUUCAUAAGCCCCUGGUCCCUCAUGGCCUGCCUGUUCCUUCAGGCUCCUGCCUCCGCCUUAACAGAACAGGGUCUCCCGUGGCAACAGCUCACAGAGAAAACCCUUUGGCUCAAGAAGCUGGCUCUGAGCUUUGGAGCUCGUCUGCACUGGCCAGGACAAACUCCUGACGCAGACGUGUUGUCCUCCACCAUCGCUCUUCAUCGUUCUGUAAUUUACCGUAAAUCUGGGCGUGUCUUCCUGCUUUUGGAGGACGAGCCUGCGAGGAAGCGUCCAAUCAGCGCAGUGGACGGCGUGAACAGGACGGCGGCGGCGGUGCUGAUGCUGGCCUCCUAUAGGAAUCAAUCGCUGCAUGUUUUUAUUCGUCCGGCAUUGCUCGCAACCGCCGUACGCAUCACAAAGAGCACACGGAGAGAUGAGCUCUUCGUCUUCUUCUGCUUCCUACAGGACAUCUUCUCCAAUGAAUUUAUCUUUAUUCCUGGAAAAUCAUCUCAGGACUUCGAGGAGGCUUGUUUCCUUUUGAAGGAGUGUGGAGGCAUCUGUGUCGGUCAAGAGGAAGUGACAGAGGCAGAGGCAGGACUGGAGGUGUUAUCCUUCUUGUGUGCACUCCUACAGCCCUUCAUCGACUCCUAUCAGGUGAUUUUCAGCUUCCUUUAUGAGCUGGAAGCUCAUGUCUUCUCAGAAAAAGAGUUUGUACCUGCUGUUCGCAGCUUUGCUACAAAGCUCAUCCUCUCAGGUGACCUCCACACUUAUGAAGCCCUUUCAUCUGAUACACAAAAAAACAUUUUGUCUGCAGUGCGAAGACUCGGGGCUGUGACAAAGUUGAGGGUAUCUGAGCAGAACGAAUACAAAGUGAACAAAGGAGCUGUCAGGCAAAUUGAAAAUAUUCUCUCUGGGAAAAUCCCUCCCCAGAUGCUCCAGACAGCACCUGACGCCAGGCUUUAGUCUCCGUUGGAACAGAUCCAUCCUCCGCAUCAGCCCACAGUCCUGCUUACCCUGACUUGACCCCUCCUCCUUUUCCUGCUCUUCCUACUGUGUCCUUAACCAACCAUUAGUAGAACUGCGGUACUUUACCUCUGCUCUCUGAGAUCUCAGACAACAUACUUUAUCCUGGAUGUUAACGGCCAGAUUUAACCUGGCUGAGCUCCACUCUUGGAUGUUCACUACCUCCUCCUUUGUGUCGGUCCAUCUCAUCCACAUAGAUCUGUGAGAGCUCAGGCUGCCUGACAUGGAAAUCUAAAGAUGGCAGUAUUGAUAAUCAGAAUAACCUAUUUUGAUCAUUCAUUUUGCAACUGAUGAGAAGUUUCAAGCUAAA